AUGCCCUCUCCAAGGAACAGCAAAAUACUCGAGUGCUGUCUUCACGGCAGGAUUUGCCGCGCUGGACUUCAGCAGGCCGCUGAAAAAGCGGAAGACGAAGAAUAUGUGAACUUGAUGGAGCCAAAAGAACAAAAAAAGAAGACAAGAAAGGAGGAAGCAAUUGACAGACUCGCAAAACAACUAGUGCAUGUUGAAGAACACGCUGAACGCCGACGAAAGAGAAGAGAAGAGAGGUCGAAACGAAGACAAAAAAGAGAAAAGGAGAAGCAACGUAAGAAGAAAACCGCCGAAGAGUGGAGUAUUGGCAGUUCAAAAUCUUACAAACAAGUAGAAGAGAACGUAGAAAGUCAGAAUGAAAUUAAUGGGAAAGUUGAAGUGGCAAACACAUCACUGCUCGAUUCCAGCGAAGUCGCAUCUGAUUCAUCCAAAGCUUAUCAAGAAGCUCCUCUGCAAAGAAAUGCAGGAGACGGUACCCUCGAUAAACGAAGGAAAGGAAAUAAGAAAAAAAAAGUCGAAAAUGAGAAAGAAGGGCCGAAUGAUGUAGAGUUGAGGAAUUUCCAAAAAGGAGAUACAGAAACCAAUCGUGGAUCAUAUGAAGGGAUUGCCAAAAGUAUUUAUGUGGGAAUUUGCAAUUUCUCAAAAGCGGAAGGAUUAGUGGAGAAACGCGGUGACUUCAAGCUGUAUCACGAGUUGCUACACCAUCCUCUGAUCGAUGAACUUGAUCCAGAAUUGCAUCUAUUGCUCGUGUACAAAACUGCAAACGGUUCUUAUAGGCACUAUCCUGUACGUACACGGGUAGUUAAUGACUCUACUUACUUUUUUGUCGACACUGGAGAGAAAAAACCAUUACAUCAUAUUAGCCUAGAUCAUCUCGUCCGAUACUAUCAGAUUCACGCACAACGUCAUCCAGAUCGUCAGGAAUACGCAGAUCCAUUCCCGUGGUGGGAAGUGAAGACAUGA